CCUCCAUCUGGAGCCGGCAGGAGAAGAGAACGAUGUUUAACUCGGUCAACCUGGGCAACUUCUGCUCGCCGUCGCGCAAGGAGAGGGGCGCUGAUUUCGGCGAGCGAGGGAGCUGCGCCUCCAACCUCUAUCUGCCCAGUUGCACUUACUACGUGCCCGAGUUCUCCACGGUCUCCUCCUUCCUGCCCCAGGCCCCCUCUCGUCAGAUCUCCUAUCCCUACCCGGCCCAAGUGCCCCCGGUCCGGGAGGUCUCCUACGGCCUGGAGCCCUCCGGCAAGUGGCACCACCGGAACAGCUAUUCCUCCUGCUAUGCGGCGGCCGACGAGCUCAUGCACCGGGAGUGCCUGCCUCCUUCCACCGUCACCGAGAUCCUCAUGAAAAACGAAGGCUCCUACGGCGGCCACCACCACCCCAGCGCCCCGCACGCCGCCCCCGCCGGCUUCUACUCCUCAGUCAACAAGAACAGCGUCCUGCCCCAAGCCUUCGACCGUUUCUUCGACAACGCCUACUGCGGUGGCGGCGACGCGCCCGCCGAGCCCCCCUGCCCGGGCAAGGGUGAGGCCAAGGGGGAGCCCGAGGCGCCCCCGGCCUCGGGACUGGCGUCCCGGGCUGAGGCGGGGCCCGAGGCGGCCGAGGCCGAGGAGGAAAACACGAAUCCCAGCUCGUCCGGUUCAGCCCACUCGGCGGCCAAGGAGCCGGCCAAGGGAGCCGCCCCCAACGCCCCCCGCACCCGCAAGAAGCGCUGCCCUUAUUCGAAAUUCCAGAUCCGGGAACUGGAGCGAGAGUUUUUCUUCAACGUGUAUAUCAACAAAGAAAAGCGGCUGCAGCUGUCCCGGAUGCUGAACCUGACGGACCGACAAGUGAAAAUUUGGUUUCAGAACAGAAGGAUGAAAGAAAAAAAACUAAGCAGAGACCGGCUGCAGUAUUUCUCGGGAAAUCCUCUGCUGUAACCGCAGACCGGGCCCUUUGGGGGGGAGGGGGGAAAGGGGGAGAUUAUUUUAUUUUAUUUUUAUUUUUUAUUUUCUAACUCGCCUUCUUUCCGCGGGUGGAAAACUGGACUGUGGCCAGGGCUGGCCCCCACUGCCGUUGCCCGCACUUCUUUCCGGAACCUCCUUCACCUUGGUCUGACUCAGUGUGGGACAGGGACCGAGCCUGGAAAGGGGGGUGAAGGAAAGUGUCUGAU